AUGUUUGAGAUUUUCAAUAGGCCGCCUGCAGAUCCCGUCCAGCUGCCACUAACCUUUAGCCCCUGGCCAGUCACUCUCAUAGUGACUGGCUAUCUGCUCUUUGUGCUCAAGCUGGGGCGCCUUUUCAUGGCCAACCGAGCACCCUACGAUCUUCGAGGCGUACUAAAGGUUUACAAUUUAAUACAAAUCGUCUACAAUGGCUCUUUGUUCCUGCUGGCUACAUUCGCAUUUGUUGUCAUAAGACCCUAUGACAUCAAAUGCAUAAUGGUGCUGCCACAGGAUAAUCCCUUCAAGACGGUGGAGCACGUCCUGACCUAUGCGUACUUUCUCAACAAGAUACUCGACCUGCUGGACACCGUGUUCAUAGUUCUACGCAAGAACUACAGGCAGGUCUCGGUGCUACAUGUCGUGCACCACGCGGCCAUGGUACUGGCCGUCUACAGUGGACUGCGAUUCUAUGGCUAUGGUGGACAUUUUGUGCUGACGGGCUAUCUGAAUGUGUUUGUGCAUUGCGUGAUGUACAUCUACUAUUACAUAUCGUCCCAGAGCCAGGCUGUGAAGCAGAGCCCCUGGUGGAAGCAGUACAUCACCAUCAUACAGAUGCUUCAAUUCCUGAUUGUGAUAGCGCACAGCAUUUGGACCUUGAAACAGACCAGCUGCAAUCUCUCCCCCUACCCAGUUGCCCUGGUUUUGUUUAUGGGCACGCUCAUGUUCAUCUUGUUCAGCAAUUUCUAUGUGCACAACUACAUUCUACCAAAGAAGAACAAGCUGGAUUGA